GGCUCGUGCAAACACACUUAACGACUGUAGACUUACACGCUGACAUACGCACGACUCCCCAUCCGAACCCAGAUCAAACUACUAUGUACCAUCGCGACGCAUCAAUUGCACACUAAUGAGUUCGCGCCGGCCCCUCCAGCCCAUCCCCGCGCUGUCGGCAAACGUCUUAAGCACGCGCUACGCCCGCAUCACCACCACGACCACGGCCGCAGAUGGGAUUCUCGACAUGGAGGAUCACGUGCCGAACGAUGUGCAAGACUCUGGAUCGGUAGUGUCGGGCCUGACCUCCCUCGAGGGCGACGACGACUUUGAGCGGCUCAUGAUCCAGAAUGCGCGCGACGAACAACGACUGAACGAGGCGCUCAACGGCAGAGCGCAGCCCUUCCGCAAGGCGCGCACACAUCCUCGCGUUGGCCUGACGAUUGACAAUCUCGAGCGCAACGAUGCGCAAAACAACAACAGCGUGUCCAGUGCUAAUGCGCGCGUUGCCGCCAAGAGCCCACCGAGCAGCAGCGGCUCGACGCGCUCCGACCCUGUGAUACACGCGCCUGCUGGCUGGGGACGAAAGGGACGGUCGAGCAGGAACUGGAUGAGGAACAUUACGCGCGACGAGCAGCCUCAGCAGACCCCGGCGCCGCCAGACGAGACCAUCAUCGAGCAGCAUGACCACAAUGCGCCGCGCCGCUCUGUGGAGGACAGCCCUCUCUCGCACAGGAGCUUCAAACAGGGCACACCGCGCAACGACAACUCGGGCGAGUGGGACCUCACAUUCGAUCUGAACGAGGCCUCGAUGCUUGCAUCAACACCGUACAUCCCGCGCAACACAAAGCUGGACGACAUCCGCGAGCGCGAGAUCGAGAGCCUGCGUGAACAGGGCGUGGCCACAGCUCGCCUGGACAGGAUACGGGAGGACGCGUCCGAGGAGAGGCGCCAGCCGCGGUCAUCAGCCGGGAAAUCGACAAACACUAACAGCACAGCAACUACAGAGGCCCAAUCGCAAGAACAGGGCUCACCGGUUAGGAAGCUGCGCAAGCGGACCAACUCAUGGCAAUCGCUGAGCAAGUCACAGCCAGAGCUCGGCCAGGAGAACUCGCCAAUUGCAGUCUACAGGAAGAGCGUGGAAACAGUGGGCGUGGUUGAGCGCGACGUAGUGGCCAGUGCAGAGAGACAACCGGAUAGGCCCUUCAGCAAUCGACGAACAGAUUCACAGGAUCUUCUUCGCCGUCUCGCACGCAUGUCGAACACACCAAGCCCAAGGGCAGCUGCACCAGCGCGCCCUCAGACCGCCCCUGCCACGCAACCGCACAGCUCAUCACAGACCGCCGUAACCGACACCUCGUACACAACACCAGAGGGAAAAGAGGAAGCUGCGAAAGAUAUGUCUGCGCAGGACACAGCUGCGGCACCCACGUCGACUCCACAAGAGCAACCUCAGCGCGAUCAACGCCAGGACACGCCUCAUGAUGGAACUACGCCAGAUGUGCCCUCAUCGGCACCAACACCAGAAGAUAUUGAUGCGACGCCCAUGCCAGUGGAGCACCCUGUUCUAGAUCCCAAGACUCCCCUCGUGAUGGGCGGGUGGAUCGACACGCCUGGCCCUCGGACAGCACAUAAGCCAAUCGAGCUUCCACGUCCGCAAUCACGGUCACCCAAGAAGGGCAGUCCGCGCAAGAGUCAUUCAACAGAAGGGCCUGUAGCGCCCACAGAAGAGCAGCAACCAGUAGCGAAAGCACCAGAACCUGCUCAGCCUUCUUUGCCCCGUCGCCAGCUUCCCAGCUCAGCUCUCCAGGCCCUCGUGCAAGAAGCUAGGGCUAGCCACGACUACGGUGACGAUACCAUACACUCGCUCGAAGACCUCAUUACCCCUCUCCCCGACAAUGAAACAGAGGAGGAUACACUACAGGGCCUUACACUUCCUACCAGUGCGCCUCGCAGCGAAGCGGAGCGUGAGCGUCAAGCUGAGGUCAUGCACCUCCAUCGCCUGAACCAGCAUUUACGGGCUACAAGCACAAAUAUCCGCGAUGUUAGCCGGGGUAUGAGGAGAGUGGAAACGAGGAUGGAACACAUAGAAGUUGAGGAGACAGGCGAAAAGGUGCCUGUGAUCGUCCGCGAUCUCAGCCCUGAGUUCUCGCCAUGGAGAUGGUUUCGCAGCUUCUUCUGGGACGAGCGUCUCAAGACGCAACGAGAAGUCAAAAACGCGCCUUUGAAGAUGUGGGGCGGCGUCACACUACUGGGAAUUUUCCUAACACUGUCCUUCAUCUGGUGGGCGAGCGAAACUGUCGCUUGCGAGAUCUUCUGCCACCCCGAGUAUGCGCGCUAUUCGCCAUAUCCUUUCGCCGUCAACAUGGACGCACCAAAACGGGGUGUUGUUAUCCCUACACUUGUAUAUCGCGCAUUGUUCAAAAGUUGGUCGGCGCCUAUUGUUUCACCUGUCGCAUCUUUGUUAUCUUGGAUAUGGACUACGCUGUGGAGUCUUGCGUCCGGCGCCAGCGUGACUGGCUUGAGCAGGGCGUCACAUGAGGCUGCCGCGAAAGGUGGGCCUGCCAUGGCUGCACAUACGCAGGCAUCAUGGAAGAUACAAGAGGAGGCUCACGAAGAAGAUAGCUGGGAUUGGAGCAUGGCGGAAGAUGAAGUCCUGCGGCGGUAGACGCAUGCAGUGUGUCUGUUGUUUGGUUUUGUGUUAACAUGGGUUUGCAUAGCAUUGCUCAGCGCGGCGUUGGCGUUACUUCCUCUUACUCUGAGAUCAGUCAGGGCGUUAUUGCUUGGUCUUGGAGCACUGAUAUGGAUUUAGGAUACUCUCACAAUAGCGAUCAAGUUUGCCUUUGGGCGAGAGAAGCUCUUACCCUCACCCUUGUCAUUCUAGUUUCUCG